AUGGAUACGGCGGCGCCCUUUGGCGUCUCUGACGAGACCUGCAGCUUGGCCGACUCGGCCUACGAGCUGAUCAGCAGCACUGACGGUGAGAGUCAGGACGGCAGAGGCACCGACUCCGUUGCCGACUCACUAGACGUAUAUCCUCGUGCCGAUGACGUCCACAGCCUCAACGGCAACGAUGCCGCAUACGAUGACGACGACGUGGACGAAGAGAGCGCAUCCGAGAACGAUGACGCCAACCAUGAACCAAUCUGCACGCCGGCCUCGACGUCUACCCCCAGCAACAGCCGUCUAUACCCUGGCAGACAUGGCUCAAACGAAGACGCCGUCAACUGCCGAUCCUCUCAGACCGACUCUAUUCAAUACGCCGAGCACGUCCUCGGUAGCCCUUCGACGCAAUCUCUAUCGAAUCUUGAGUAUGACAAAUCGGGGGAUGGCAACGGCCCCACACCUCUCGUGCACUCCAUAGAGUUCAGCGAGUCCGACAUUUGUCUCGAUAAGGUAUCGGUAAAGCACACGAUCCGAGAUUUUGGUGAUGCGGAGUCGGCUGCCAUCGCUGGGGCCUUGAAUAUGACCGACCCGCCACGGCGUCUGGCCGCUACCAUCCGCCAAACCAUGUCGCACUAUUGCCUGUCGACCCGUGAGCCCCUAAAGGUUCUGUACGUCGGCAGCGAGGCCGGAUACAACGACAUCAUGUAUAAGAUCUCGUCCGCUCUGCUGGCAUCCGCCUCGCACAAUCGCUCCAGCCCGGGAUCUGAGCACCAUAGCCCGACCCCUAGCAUUUACAACAUCAUGCCCAUCUCAUCUUUCGGCUCGUCCAAGGUUCCUGAAAUUGACGAGAUCCAGCUCAUGGGAGUCUCUGACUAUUACAUCAAAGUCGAGCGUUGUAUCGAGGCGGACGAGACGGUUUCUGAAGGUGAAGCCUCUCCCAACGAGAUGGUCUAUUCGAUCAAACUAGAUAAUGAGGAGACCUAUGCAUCCGUCUUUUCUCCUCACGGCUCUGCGGUGCGUCCUCAGUGGUCGCUGCCCCAUGUUGCCGUUUUCUACGUGUCUGGCAACGACGACGACCGGGCUGAGAAGACGAGAAACGCCGCUUGGGAGUUUAUGACCCGGCACGCUGUUCCAUCCAUCUUUAUCUCGCACGCACAGUCUUUCUCACAACCGACGGGCACCGGCCGCUGGAGAGAUUUCGUCGACCAAGCUGCCGUGCAUCUAUGCCUAGAGUCACGCGAUCCUGAACGUCUCAUCAUCCCGGAACGCCUACCAAUCGACCUGGUGUCGUUUCUCAACAUCGAUGCACGCCAGAUGAACAGAAAUUUGGCCUACCUCACGGGCUUGCACGAACCAUCAAAGGCCAUGACAAACGACUCUGUGGGCAAGCUGCAAAAAGAGGGAUAUCGCGCUGGUGCAGUCACAGCUGUGCGCUUCCUCUGUAGAGGAAAUUACUUUCGCACGAAGCUAUCGCGAACAGUGGAUGAAAUCAGCGGGCAGCUUGGUGCCGGCCGACUGUUUACGAUGGUUGUUGCGGCCAUAGGUGCCUUGAUGUGGUUUUACAUCCUUCUUUAUAUUCCUUUCAUAUCCCCUUCAUUCACGGGUCAGCAAUCGGUUGUGGCUGCUACCGUCUCUGCCUCGACGGUGUCUUCUCUGACAGACACAGCAACCAGCUCAGUUCUCAGUACCUCUUCGGUGGCAACUACAUCUACGUCUACGUGCUUUGCUCCCUCUCUGACACCGACUGUCACUAUCAGCCUGACGUCCACCACGACGGUUAAACUUCAAGUCUCGGAGUCGAGCAGUUCAGCGGUCCAAUUUGGAGGCAACCAUGAGAUCCUUGUCAAGGUGCCUUCUGGCACGAAGACUACAUGGCUUGCAAAGGGUGCAAUCGACAUUGACGUUUGGCGUGGCCAAGAGCUUCUGAAGUCUAGACUAUCGACAACAGACGAAGGAAUUAUCAUCGAAAUUAACAAGAAGGACGCGUAUGGCGUUAUGAACGUUUCUAUCGUCACGACCCGGAGACCGAAAAUCAACGAAACAUUCGCUGUUGACUUUGGAAAGCCAACAAUGCUACGAGUGCUAGAAAUCGGAGCCAAAACGUGGCUAGACUCGGCACGGACUGCUGCCAAUAUCUGGCUAGAUGCAGCUAUGCGAGCGGAGGGUGCUGUCCAUCCGUACAUCGACCACGUGGUUGAUCUUCUGCCGAACGCAGACGAUGUACUUCAGGGCGCAACCAUGGCAGCAACGUCAAUGGCCGACGUGGUGGAUUCCAUGAAGCAUGCAGGCCAAGCAGCUUACGACACGGCCAGCCGCGCUACCCAGGACCUAAAGGGACAAAUGAGUGCAUCUUUGGAGGGCGCCGUCGACAGCGCCAAGAGGGAUGCCAGGGCCGUUUUGGACCGUGGGCUACUGCCGUUGGACCACGCUCGCGGUUCUCUGCAGUUGGCGGUGCUCCGGGCGCAGAUUGCGUCGAAGCUAUGGUGGAUGCAGGUGAAUGGCCAACGGGCUAAGCAUGCCGACUAUGAGGCAAAGGCGGCGGUAUUUCUCCGCGAAUCGGAGAAGGCACUCAAGGCCAAUGCGAAGACUGGUGCCCAAAGCGGCACUGGAGACAGGAACAGCCAUCAAGGCUGCCAGAUGGAGAAGUACAGGUGGUGUCACUCGUUUGGCUCUAGGCUAUGGAAGAAGACGUCGGCAAGCGAGCCGGGUAGCAGCUGGAAGUUUCUGAGACGAGGUCGAGAAGUGAGAGGAUAG